AACUGUUUGGCCUGCACAUGGACUAUCUGGUCUAGCUGGUACCUGGUGCCCAAGACCAGACCCUAUUCUGCUGUGGUUCAUGGGCUGCACUGGAGGAGAAAUCCAAUGGCAGGCGAACCCUUGCAGAGAAGAGCACAGUCGGUGCCGUGCAGUGUUUGUUGAAAAAGUGUUGAAGAAACUUUUCCCUAAUGUUCCAAGAGGCCAAGAAAAGUGGGCACCUCAGACUUCAGCCUUAGAAGUACCACCCAGGAGAGUGACCUCUGAGAGAGUGAAACACAAGCAUGAUCGUCAUCUGACAGAUGGUGACAUUAGGAUCCAGCCUGAGCGGCGGCUCUAUACUGUGAGUUUGCCUCCUGAGGGGUAUGUUCCCUGUUUGCCAGAAGCCAGCAGCUGCAUGAGUUCUGAGAAUGCCACCAGUGGUGAUGACACAGAAGGUGCAAAGUCUGGUGGGAGGGAAG